AUGUCAAGGGAUUUCCUUAAAGGCAAUGACAAUGAAGUGCCGGGCAACAAUAAGGUCCGGGUGAAAGAGAAGAGUGAGCUGUUGGACCGUGGUCAGUGGGCAAACAAGCUGGAGUUCCUACUGGCUGUAGCCGGAACCUUGGUUGGGCUUGGAAACCUAUGGAGAUUUCCCUAUUUGUGCUACAAAAAUGGUGGAGGUGCUUUCCUGGUUCCAUAUGUGCUGUUUCUGCUUUCUUGUGGUAUUCCAAUGUUCCUCCUGGAGACUGCCAUGGGGCAGUAUACAUCGCAAGGAUGCAUCACCUGCUGGAGGUAUUUCUGCCCAUUGUUUGAAGGGAUUGGCUAUGCAACCCAAAUUGUGAUUGCAUAUGCGGCGGUGUCAUAUAUCGUCAUCCAGGCCUGGGCCUUCUUUUAUCUGUUCUCAUCCUUCAGCGCUGAGGUCCCAUGGGCCAGCUGCAGGAAUGACUGGAACACCGACAAUUGUGUUGAAUUUGAUAAAAAGAACAUGUCAUCCAAUUGGACAGCACCUGCAAAUGCAACAUCGCCUGCAACAGAAUUCUGGGAGCGACGUGUCCUGGGUAUAUCUCAAGGAGUUGAGGAAAUUGGUGUCCUGAGGUGGGAUUUGACAUUAUGUCUCUUACUGGCUUGGAUAAUAUGCUACUUCUGUGUUUGGAAGGGAGUCAAAUCCACUGGAAAGGUAGUUUACUUUACCGCCACUUUUCCAUAUGUGAUGUUGGUGGUUCUGCUGGCCCGUGGACUCAGUUUACCAGGAGCUAUCGAUGGUUUAGCUUUCUAUUUAUAUCCUGAUCCCACAAGGUUGGCGGAUCCUCAAGUGUGGAUCGAUGCAGGUGCCCAGGUUCUUUUUUCAUUUGGAAUUUGUCAAGGGAGUUUGACGGCUUUGGGCAGUUACAAUCACUACAACAAUGACUGCUACAAGGAUACUUUUAUUCUGUGUUUGGUGAAUGGAGGGUCAAGCUUUGUGGCUGGGUUUGCCAUCUUUUCUGUUUUGGGCUUUAUGUCUUAUGAACAAGGACUGCCAAUAUCUGAAGUGGCUGCUACUGGACCCGGCUUGGCAUUCAUUGCUUAUCCACGAGCAGUUGCUAUGAUGCCUUUUCCUCAGUUAUGGGCUGUGUGCUUCUUCAUUAUGGUCAUCUUGUUGGGUGCAGAUACACAGUUUGUCAGUUUGGAGUGUUUGAUGACAUCCGUAACAGACAUGUUCCCCGCUGCUUUUCGAAGAGGUUAUCGCAGAGAGUUGUUGCUGCUUUGUCUCUGCUCUGUUUGCUUCUUAUUAGGACUCCUGCUUGUUACAGAGGGGGGGCUGUAUUUUCUUCAACUUUUUGACCACUACGUGUGUAGCGGUAAUAAUCUUCUUCUUCUGUCGGUGUGUCAGUCGGUAGCAAUCGGAUGGAUAUAUGGUGCAGAUCAACUGUAUGACAACAUUAAGGAUAUGAUACAUUAUCAUCCUUGGCCAAUAAUGAAGAUUUGUUGGCGUUAUAUUACUCCUGUUGUUUGCAUGAGUACAUUCAUCUGUUCAGUGAUGAGAUACAAAGCUCUGAAGUUCAACAAAACCUAUGUGUACCCGACCUGGGCUUAUGCUUUGGGUUGGUUCCUUGGAAUGUUCUGUGUUCUGCUGGUACCGUUGUGGAUCAUCUAUAAAGUCUAUCGCAUGAAAGGGACCGUCUGUCAGAACCUCAGAAAGCUCUGCCAACCUGAAAAAAUGACCCACAGCCCAAAGCCGACCUCUGAGCAACGCCCUUUGAGCCCAGACCAGGUGCUGACUGCUGCUGCCAGCAAAUAUAAAGGAAGCGGUGGGCUUGAGAUGGAGCUACAACUUUGAGAAAUACCAUAACUGAGUAGGAAAUCUGAUUAGCUCUUCACCUUACCUGAUUAGAACUUUUUUAAAAUUUCCCUUUAGACUUUUUUCACCAUUUUCAUAAAAUACAUGUCAUUUCAGCAAAUGUUUAAUAUGAAUGCUAAUGUUUAAACCAUAUUUUAUGUUAGUCUCUUUCACAGGCUCAGGAGAUGUCAAUGCCACAAGAUUUUUA